GGAGGAUUGUCCGGACCAAGCGGAUGGUGGUGGUGGUUAAUCCUACAGAGUUUGAGUAACUGGAAGGCAGCAUACCCUCAGAGUGGGAUGGUAAUGUGGGGACAUCGCUGGGCGGGGUACUGAUACUUUAGCUGUAUGCUAUAUGGACGCUUGCUAGUCUCCACGGUAUGGUCUAAGUCAUGGACCCUGUGAAUCUGGGGCUCUGAAUACCACUAUAGUACAGAUUACAUAAUAGUACUAGACAAAAAUAACUGUACUAGAACUAACAUUAAUCACCUAUUUAUUCAGAAAUGUAUUCAUGAAUGUAUCAAAGGCACCCUAUCUGCCAUUCUCAAAAACGGUUUCCAUUUUCCAUACAACUACAUAGAAAAUGUUCUCUGUCUUUGACUUGCUUUAGAGAAGGAGGGAGCGAUAGAUGGAGAGAGAGAGGUUUAUGCAAGGAUCGGAGGAGAAGAGAUCUGCUGUCUCUUGCUUUAUGCUGUACAGUAGUUUAAAUGCAUACACUGGGCCUCCCGAGUGGCACAGUGGUCUAAGGCACUGCAUCGCAAUGAUUGAGGCGUCACUACAGACCUGGGUUCGAUCCCAGGUUGUGUCACAACCGGCCGUGAUCGGGAGUCCCUUAGGGCGGCGCACAAUUGGCCCAGCAUCGUUUCGGGUUAGGGGAGGGUUUGGCCGGGGGGGGGGCUUUACUUAACUACACAAUUAAACAACUGAUUCUAUGCUGUUACAUUGGAUAUGAAGUUUAACGGGCCGUUUACACUAGAAAGCGGCAUCGUGCAGUGAAACAUCGGAAGCUAUUCACUUUCAAUGGAGGCUAGCGUGGCUAGGCAAGUGCUGCUUGUAUAUUGUAAAUGGCCGGUAACUGUUCAUUUUGUUUGUGCAGUGUGUGGGUGUUCUAACUCUCGUCUGUCUGUUCCCUUCUCCAGCUUGGAUCCGAGGCAGACGGAAGCAGGCCCCCUCCAUCAAAGUGCGUACCCCUGCUGUGUUUGUGGGGGGCUCUGGGGGACUGGGUACGGGGAGGGAAGAGACUAGGAGAAACACUUUGUUUAGCUUUUUCUCCGUUUUCAACAGAGCCAGGAAAUGUUGGGGGACGGGUGUUAAAAAUAAACUAUAGCUUGAGGGUGCUAGUGAGUGUAGACAGUCACAGUAAUAUGUCCUAGUUUACUUCCUUUAUGUUUGUAUAAAUAUCUUUGUCUUUCUGUGUCCAUCUGUCUGUUUAGCAGAGGAUGGGACAGGUUGUGGGUGGUGGGGGUAAAUCAUAGCGAAUGAUAGAGGCCUCUAGUGGCCAAAAGGCCAUAUUAGCAUGGGCAGUGCCGUUAAGGGCUUCCACCAUUUUAAUGUAGUCAACUGGGUGGGACUUCCAACUUCAUUGGCUGAUCCAUCCUGGUGACCCUGUUGGAGUCAUGUUCAACUGGGUCAUCAGGAGGGAUCAGCCAAUCAUGAAGAAGAAAAUUGACGACUUCAAAAUGGAGAUUGCCUCAAUGGUGCUGCCCAUGCUGUCACAGACCCUAUAAUGGCACAGAUAUAAAGAUGAGCCCUCUAUCUAUCUCUAUGGGCUAAACCGUCACACUUCUCAUUUUGGUGGUGUCCCAAAUGGCACCCUAUUCCCUAUGUAGUGCGCUACUUUAGACCAAGGCCCAUAGCUAGACGUCAAGGGCUAGGCCUACAUCACAGAACAGGAUCAAAGAGUUAGCCUGCUAACUUUCCUAUUCUCAAACAACUCCAUUUUUCAUAGAGAACAAUUGACUUGGAAUUGAAGUGAUAGAACUUCCUCUAUAUUCUCAAUAACUCAUAUUCAGCUUCUAGAUGUACAAGGUUUAUGUUAUCGACUAUAGCAGAAUGCUUAUUUGUCCAGUGAAAUGGAGGCUAUGGGAAAGCCUCUACAAGGCUAAUGCCCAGGCAGCCCCUCUCUGUGUACUCCAUGCCAAUGGCCAAUGCCGUUCCUACCUCAGUGUCGCCAGAACAUUCUAUUCCAAUUUUCUGCAUACUGUCUGCCCAGUGCAGUCGUCCACAGCUGGACAGUGGUGUAGCCAAAACCGCUCCCCCGGUACUUUAUGCCCUCCCUCCCUUAACGUUUCAUUUCGUCCCUGUCCAAGUUUACAUAAUUGAUUGGAUUAAAUCCUGUCAUUAACAGGCUGGAAAAGCGGUUCAAUAUGCUCGCCUCGCUCCCCAAAGCAGGGCUGUUUGGCCCUGGUCUCCCCUCUUCCUUCACAGCCUGCUAGUUCUGCUGCCAACACACAACAGCAAGAAGUCCAGGCUUCCCUCCCUGGCCAUGGCUCUCUGGCUCUGCCAAGGCAAAACUAACACCACGGACUGGACGCUAGCUUUAGCUGCCGCUGAUGUGUGAUGUUCAGGGUUGAGCACUUAUGGAUGAGUUAGGAGGACUCCUAACUAUCCCCUCAAAAGGACUGAGUCUGUUCAAAAGCCUUGGUUUUACCUCUGAUAUUAAAUCUGUGAGUGUGUGUACCCUUCACAGGAGCUGGUGAGGAACCAGAACUACAGGGAGCACAUAAAAGGCAAGGCGAGGGAGGUGGAGGAGAGAGAGCUGCUUCUGCAGGCUAAGGAGUAUGAGGAGGGGCUGGUGGCUUGGCCUGCUCAGACCAUAGCCAAGGGCCACGCCGCCGCUUCCAGCUUCGGCCAGCCAGAGACCAGCGAGGAGCCUGUCAGUACAGCCAACACAUUCCAGCCUGGCUCCUGGACACCCGCAGUCAAGAAAUAG